GCUGCCGCCGACGACGACUAAUUUUGUCGAUGAUAGCCGUUCGUUUCGUUUCGAAGCAGUUUCAGUCAAUUUUUAGUCGUCAAAGCAAGCGGACGUACAAGCAAAACAUUCAGCUCCAAGCGUCUGGAAAAUAUUGAAAGAGACUUGAGAGGAUUACGUACUUAAGAACUAGCAACUUGCACCUCGCACCGCGCAAACAAACAAAAGUAUUGCAAAAAUGACAGCACGCCGCGUCACAAUGAACACACGCGUCUCGCGCGCCUCCACCUCCACGCCGGUGGGCGGGGCAUCCACCUCCUCAAGGGUGGGCGCCACAUCGCCCACCUCGCCCACCCGCACCAGCCGGCUGCAGGAGAAGGAGGAGCUGCAGCACCUGAACGAUCGCCUGGCCUGCUACAUCGAUCGCAUGCGCAACCUGGAGAACGAGAACAGCCGCCUCACCCAGGAACUGAAUCUCGCCCAGGACACCGUCAACAGGGAGACCUCCAAUCUGAAGGCGGUCUAUGAGAAGGAGCUGGCCGCCGCCCGCAAGCUGCUCGAUGAGACGGCCAAGGAGAAGGCCAAGCUGGAGAUCGAUAUCAAGCGUCUCUGGGAGGAGAACGACGACUUGAAGCCGAGACUCGACAAAAAGACGAAGGAGGCAACUGUGGCCGAGAACAAUGCCCGCCUGUAUGAGACUCGCUACAACGACGUGAAUGGCAAGUACAACCAGUCCUUGGCCGAUCGCAAGAAGUUCGAGGAUCAGGCCAAGGAGCUGGCUUUGGAGAACGAGCGCCUGCGCCGCCAACUGGAUGAUCUUCGCAAGCAGCUGGAGGCGGAGACGCUGGCCCGCGUCGAUCUGGAGAACCAGAACCAGAGCCUGCGCGAGGAGCUGGCCUUCAAGGAUCAGGUGCACACCCAGGAGCUCACCGAGACCCGAUCCCGUCGCCAGAUCGAGAUCAGCGAGAUCGAUGGCAGACUGUCGCGCCAAUACGAGGCCAAGCUGCAGCAAUCGCUCCAGGAACUCCGUGAUCAGUACGAGGGUCAAAUGCGUGCCAAUCGCGAGGAGAUCGAGCUGCUGUACGACAAUGAGAUCCAGAACCUGAAGGCUGCCGCCAAUAGGGCUGCCCAGGGAUCCGCUCAUGCCACCGAGGAAGUUCGUCUCAUGCGCACCAAGAUCGACGGCUUGAACGCCAAGCUGCAGGAUCUGGAGAACACCAAUGCUGGCUUGAAUGCUCGCAUUCGGGAGUUGGAGAACCUUUUGGACACGGAGCGCCAGCGCCACAACCAGUACAUCGCCUCCUUGGAGGCCGAACUGCAGCGCAUGCGCGACGAGAUGGCCCACCAGCUGCAGGAGUACCAGGAUCUGAUGGACAUCAAGGUGUCGUUGGAUCUCGAGAUUGCCGCUUACGACAAGUUGCUGUGCGGCGAGGAGCGUCGUCUGAACAUCGAGUCGCCCGGACGUCCCGCUGCCGAUUCCGGAAUCUCCAGCAAUGGCAGCCACUUGACCGCCAGUGCCAGUUCCCGAUCCGGCAGGGUCACGCCCAGUGGCCGUCGCUCGGCUACACCUGGCAUCUCUGGUUCCAGCGCCGUGAAGCGUCGCCGCACCGUGAUCGAUGAGAGCGAGGAUCGCACGCUGUCCGAGUACUCGGUGAAUGCCGCCGCCAAGGGAGAUCUGGAGAUCAUCGAAGCGGACGUGGAGGGUCGCUUCAUCAAGCUGCACAACAAGGGAACCGAGGAGAUCAAUCUGACGGGCUGGCAGCUAACCCGCAUUGCCGGCGAUGAGGAGCUGGCCUUCAAGUUCUCGCGUGGAUCGAAGGUGCUCGGCGGUGCCAGUGUCACCAUUUGGUCCGUCGAUGCCGGAACCGCACAUGAUCCACCCAACAACCUGGUGAUGAAGAAGAAGUGGCCGGUGGCCAACUCGAUGCGUUCGGUGCUGGCCAAUGCCGACAAAGAGGAUGUUGCCAGCUACGACCGUGUCCGUGCUAACGUUUCCAGCCACACCUCGCGGCAUCGCAGCAGCGGCACGCCCAGCACGGGCUUUACCCUCGGUUCCGGAGCUGGCUCCACUGGCGUGAGGAGUCUCUUCUCCCUGCUCUUCUAGGCGGGACUUCAAUUUCGAAUCGGACUGGCUCGGCUUGAUUCCCAGGCCCAGCCCCCACCCCCAACUCACCGCAGAGACUCACAGACUCCGAGCUGCACAUUCACAACACACAGAUCUGUUCUACAUACAUAUAUGGUAGCCAUCUACCUAUCACAUAUCAAGCUUAAUGUGAAACAAGCUUAUGUACAACAAUGAAGCCUUGUUCAACUCUAAAUGUUAAAUGUUUAAGUGCCCUUAGUUGAUGUCUUUGACUCUAUGCGUCUCCUAUGUUUAAGUAAGUUUUUUCACGCUCUACACUCUCUGUAAUUUAUGAUGAGAACAUGCAUUUUGGUAAAAAUACAAAAAUAAACAAAAAUAAAUGUUACAAGAAA